GGGCCCUGAGACGACGUCAGUUGCAAUCUCCAGCUGUGUCUGUGACGCGCGCUGCGUCGCCAUCAAAGAGUCCGCGCCUCAGUGUCGCCGUAUCCAGUCUCGCUCAUCGCCCGCAUCGCGAGGCGCUGCCCCCGUUCGCGGGACUCGGUUGCCACGAUGGGGAACUUCUGGAGCGACAGCGCCCCCGAGGGCUACAUCCCGCCGCGAUUUCCGUCCUUGUCGUGGCCGCCGUACGAACAACCUGGCCACCUCUACUACCUGGCCGACAUCGUGCGACACACGACCCUCUGGACGCUUAGCAUCUUCAUCCUCGUUCAUCUCGGCGCGGCCGGCCUCGCCCUAACCAUGCACCUGGGGAAGCGCUGGUCCAACUGGAAGUAUGUCUGGGUCGUCCCGAUUGGAUACACGCUCGUGGCGGGCAGUGAGGCGGUCUUGUCGGGGAGUAUUGUUGGUUUGAUUCUAGGCGUCGUCUAUAGAUCCGGACCGUUUGUAAUGUCGACUUGGGUUCCUUUCACCUGGGGCUGGAUCAACGUGCUGGUUCUCAUCAUCUCGUCCUUUUCGAUACAAGGUGGUUUAUAAGACGGCGACCGGUUAGAUAUCACCAAGACGAGGAGGACGCUCGAAACAUUUCACAAGCGCUCAUCUUUGGCGAGAUUCACUGCUCCUAGAGGUAAGGGCAACCAGCCAGACGUCGCCGCCAAAAAGGCGGAACUUGAAUGUUUGAAGCAUCCCACUCGCGCUUCCAUCGUAUGCUGCCAGUCAGAUUCCCGAGGAUACUGACGCUAGAAUAAUUCACCUGCGCUUUCUAGAAUACGCAUGGAAGGCGGGAAACGGUGCUGUUAAGUACAAGGGCGUGGAGAAACAAAGAGAAGAAGACGGCGAACAUUCCAGGAAUUCCUCCCGCGGUUUAUAGUCGACGAGAAGGCGUGCCUUGGCAGACGAGCUGAUGAGAGGGGGACAAACAAACAGAAGGAAUGGGCAAACAUUCCAGUAAUUCCUCCCACGGCUUAUAACCAACGAAAUGGUGUUCCAUUGUAGACGAGCUGACGAGCAGCAGUGCUCCUAAUAUACGACUUGACGAAAGGCGAUGCCUCUUGAAAUACGACAGGCCAAAAGCAGUGCAUCUGAAAUACACGUCAACGGGUAGUAGCGCUUUUA